CGGCCUUCCAGCAGCCCGCCGCGGCGGUGCGGUGGGGGCUCACGGUGCAGUCGCGGCUCAUGCACGCGGACUGGAGCCCGCGGCUGCUGGAACACGAGCUGUGUGAGCUGGUCUUGGUCUCGGAUGUGCGAGGUGGCGACGGUGGCGAUCCCAACGGACACCUCCCACCACACCCACCACCUCCCAACCUGAAGCAGCCCCCAUCCCAGCCGCAGCCGCAGUCCCGGCCGCCGCCGCAGACGGACACCGCAGAUGCCGUAAGUGAGGCCAAUGCCAGCACCCUCACCACUGCCAACGAGCCUACUGCUGGCAGUGGCAUUAGUGGUGGAGGCGCCGGUGACGGCAAUGGCUCUGCUUCCCCCAUUUGCAAUGGCCGCAAUGCGCCCCGCAGCGGCAGUGGCUACCAUUUCAUGCGGGUUCUAUAUCGCGGGUUGCGGCUGCGUGUGGGUACGGACGUGGGGCCGGUCAAGGCGGAGAUCAGCGGCGUCACGGGGCGGGUGUCGUACCGGGGCAAGACCAUGAACCGCGCGGCACGCAUCGCGGCAAAGGCGCCGGCGGGACAGUUGUGGUGCAGCGGAGACGUCUGGCGCGCCUGCUGCCAAGAAACGACCCACACCACGACGCACCAGUACCCGCUGCCCUCCAGCCCGCUUCACCCUACACACAAGACCUCCGAUCCCAACGUCCCCUUUCCCGCCACUACCACAACUACUGUCACACGCUCUCUUGUUCCCGACGCUUCCUUUAUCGCACCAGCUCUUGCCAGCCCUCCCGCCGUGGCCUCACACCCUUCCCUCACGACCGGCAAGGGCACAGCAGCAACGAACGCGGCCUUGAGGGGACGCAUGCGUCGGGCGUCCGCAGGCCCUAUCUUGGUCAACAACUCGUUCUCCUUUGAAGGCCGUUUAGGAGCUGCGGCAGCCCUCCUAUCAGCACGCGCAAGUAAUGUUAGUGACCGGAGAUGGGGAGGGAGCGUGACGUCAGGCAGAAGCAUGGUUGCUGGGAUGGCUGGGGCCAUGGGAAGCAGAGUGGGAGCCGGAGAGGGCGGAGGCGGAGCAGCAGCAGCUGGCGAGGCGUUCGGCUGGGGUGUGCUCCCUGAGGCGUAUGCUCCGCUGGCUGCUCGCUACCAGGGACGGCAUGUGCUCAAGGGGCUUUCGGAGCCGCUGGAGCUCUGGUGCUGCCGCUUCGAGAUGGGAGCCGUCUACGGCUACGCCUCGCCCGCCUCGCCAUGCUACCAACCCCAACGGCCCUACGGCGGCCGCAGAGGCAGCAGCCAGGGGAACACGGGGCCUGUACCGCCACCGCCGCCCCAGUAUCCUCCAGUAACGAACGCGCAGCUCCGCCAGAAGCAGCGCAAAUCGUUAGAACACCAGCAGCAGCAGCAGCAGCACCGUAGGCAGCCAGCAGGACGGGAGAGCCAGCAGCAGCAGCAGUGCCACAUACCGGAUCAAGAGCAGAUGCAGAGGGAAGAGACGUUCGCCACACGGAUAAUGGGAGGCGGUGGAGGAGGACGAAGCUUCACGAUGUGUUACGAGGGAAGCGGCGGCGGUAUCCCCUUCAAGUACCGAAAGCCUUGUUCUCAGGGGGGCAGUGACGAUGGCGGCCCGGGUGUCACAGAGACAUCAGAGGCGAGGGCGGCAGGGGACACAGCUUUGCUGAAGGCGGCAGGGGUGGGAGCGGUGGCAUUGACUCUGGGAGCAAUGUCAACGGCAGGAGGGUACCCAAGAACUUACUCAAACACAUUGUUUAGUGCGUCACCGCUUGGCGCACACAGUGCCCGUACGAUGUCACAUGAAAAUGAUGAAAUACCAGUAGCUGAUGACUCGGACAAGGAGGCCGUCACUGCACACACCUCUUCACCCGCCGGCAGCAGCAGCACCACCACCAGCGCCGCUGGUGGUGGUGGUGCCAACACUGGAGCAGGCGCAGGCGCCGCCACCGCUACCGGUGGCAACAUCAACGGAGGCAGCUCCGGUCGCGGCAGGGCUAGUCGCUUUUCCUCAACCGCCUUUGCCUCGCCCGCAGUGUCUGCUGCUGCCACCUCCUCCACGCACGUGCCUACUCCCAUCGCCGCAUCCGCACCCCCAGCCGCGGCAGCAGACGUAUCCUCCGCGCCCAGAGCACCACCGCAACUAGCAACAGCAGCAGCAGCAGCAGCAGCAACAACAACAACAACAACAACAGCAGCAGCAGCAGCAGCAGCAGCAGCAGCAGCAGCAGCAGCAGCAGCAACAACAACAACAACAGCAGCAGCAGCAUCAACAGCUACAACAACAACAGCAGCAGCAGCAACAGCAUCGGUCGCUGCUCCUCUGGCUCCUCUGCUCCCCCGUAGCAGCUCCGCUACCGGCAGUAGCCUCCGCGCCGGCAGGAGCAGACUGUGUGUUUCCACGUCAGCUGGCAGCGACACCACUGCCGAUGUUGGCGGUGGCGGUGAAGCAUGAUCGUUGCAGCCUGAGAUCUGUUCACAACCGUGCCUGAGCCCACUCCCGUCGCCUCCAUCCCCACGAGCAUCCUUGCCGCUAUCACCAUCGGUGCAACCGCAAUAGUUGAGGCAAUGCAAGCGCGUCGCCUUUGCAACCAACAACAACCGCAGUGUCACUACUCAGCGGGAGUGGGAGACUGCAGAAGAGAGCAGCAGCAGUUUGCCCGCGACUCCACUUUCCUGAGUUUGCCAGGCAAGAUGAUGGGGUACAGGUGGGGCCAGAAGCGGGCGGUGCAGGCGCGGUGUGGGCGUAAGUGCGGGUGUGGGCGUGGUUGUGAAGUGCAUGGGCACAAGGCGGUGUCUGGGUUAUUCAUUGUUUUCGGUAGUGCUGCGGAAGGCGGGGGUGGCGGCAAUGUCUCCGGUGUUUAGAGAUGGUGGCAGGCAGGAAGAUCCGGCUGAGGUUGGGGAUAUUGUACUGGAAUAAAAGAAUGACCCAUGGGACCAAGGUGAAGCAUUAGGGCACAUGCAGGAGUGUCCUGGUGGUGGCGAUGGUGCUCGAAGACGGG